CUCUUCGGAAGCUAGUCUUCCAGAGCUGCCAAGGCACCCUCUAGCAAAGCCGUACAUGACAUCAUAUGAAAUAAGCAGGUUUCUACAGAAAUGCCAAAAGGAAAGAGAUGAAGCAUAUCGUAGAGAGGAGUCAGCUAGGGACAAGCUAAAGCGGCUUGAAAUCUCCAUGCGUUCCCAGAUACAAGAACUGAAAACAAAGCUGAAAGAGGUAACUAAUGAAAACAAAGCUCUAAACAAAGCAGUAAAGAAGCUGCGUUUAGAUUUAGGUCUGGAAGGGAACCCAAAAUUCAAAGGUAAAAUGACCAAAGAUAUCAUCAAAGAGUUGCAGGACAAGGAGGAACAGUGCUCUCGACUGAAAGAGGACAAUCAUUCACUCUCUGUGCAACUCAAAGGAAUGAUCCCUGUUAUAACUCAGACCCAAAAGCAAAAAGUGGAGGUAGAGAAACAACUGCAAAACAUAGAGAGAAAAAUGCAAGAGCUACAAAAUGAAAACAUUCAUACGUCACAGCUUCUGCAGGACACUCAAAGAGAGAGGGAUGAAUUUGAAAAGGCCUAUAUUAUGCUAAAAAAAUCUAUUGAGGAGGCAAAGCAGCAUAUUAAUCGCUCAGUGCAGACCACAACUUCCAUCCCUGUCAACAUGCAAAGCAGUUACAAACGGAUGCCCCGGGACACACCCAGUUCACAAUCAUUUCAAGCAGUCCUAGAGAGGAGGAAGAUCUCCCUGGACCCUCCAUCCCAUUCAGCUUCUGCAGAUGGAAGUGCACAUAAGCCAUACUUUAGCACAGCACACAGUUAGAACCAAGCACGGAUGAUAACAUCUUGGAAUAAGUAUAGUUAGUAAUAUUUUAAAGCAUUUGUAAACUCUAGAUACAGCAUGUAAAAUGUUUUGCAUUCAAAUUAGUGGUCUAUGGAACCAUUUUACAACUGCAAGUAUAAAGGCUCAUUUACUCACACAAAAAUGGACACAGUUGUUGCAAGCAUUGAGGUCAUACUUUACAUUAAAGGUACUCACUGGGGGCAUUUUCAGGGUUCCCACUGAAGGCUGCAUCAAUAAGUGCAGGAGAUCUGCACCUAAAGAAUCAAGAGCAGACACAGAUUUUUAUGUCGAUUACUGAAAAUGAGGUAUCCAAAUUUUUUUAGUUUAACUGCUUCCAAUUCAUCAAAAAGCUCAUGCUCAGUUGCAGACAUUUUGAUUCUUUGAGUGCAACUCUCACUAGAAAGUACUAGAAUUGUGGGAAAGAGGCACUGUAUUGUAGGUAAAAUAUGGCGAACUGCAUCAGAAACUGCACUUUUGUACUUUAUAGUCAUUUUUGGCACCUCAUAAAUGUGUUUUUACAUAGUGUUUCUGUAGAGCUACAAAACACUGCAUUUACCAUGUAUACACAUGUAUGCCAUUUGUGUUUAUGUAGGAAUUGUGGUAUUCUUUGUUUAUUGAUUGUUUAUUUCCUAAUUUGUGUUACCAUUGUUGCAGUGCUGCUUCCUGUUACUAUCAACUUAAAAAGUGUCUUUUUACUGCAGUUAAAUUUUUUUACUUAUACGUUAUGAGUUUAUCUAGGAGAAAUAAAUGAUGAAGAUGA